AUGGCCGCCACACGCCGCUGGAGGGCCGAAGCUGAGCGCACCCGGCUCCGGGAGGACCCCAGAGGUCUCGAAUUGGGGGCCAGCGAGGCAGGAACCCUCAAAAGCCCUUCGGCAAGCCGUUCCGCAGAUGCCGGGGAACCCGUGGUACUCCAAGAAAGCCAGCCGAGAGCGGAGAGCAGCGGUCACUAUCAGUGGGAGACCGAGUUCCAAGAGUUUCUGGAAGGUUCCGUCUGGGAGGAGCAGCCCCUGGAGGAGCUGGGCCCGCGGGCUGACACCCGGGCCUUCCUGGCUUCCUUUGAGCAGGUGGCCGUGGCCUGCCACUGGCCCAGGAGGGAGUGGGUGACCCGGCUGCUGCCGGCCCUGGGUGAGGAAGCGGAGAAGGCCUUCAUCAGCGUGGACGCCAAGGACCGCGGAGACUUCCAGAAGGUCAAGGCGGCCAUCUUGAGGCACGAGGCCCUGGCACGCGAGAAGAAGCACCAGGAAUUCCGCCGCUUCUGCUACCAGGAGGCCAACGGGCCCCGGGAAGUCCUUGCACGGCUCCAGGAGCUGUGCCAACAGUGGCUGAACACGGAGAGGAGCAGCAAGGAGCAGAUCCUGGAGGCCUUGCUCCUGGAGCAGUUCCUCAACGUCCUGCCAAAGGAAAUGCACUACUGGGUCAAGGAGCGCGUGCCGGAGAGCUGCUUGCAGGCCGUGGCUCUGGCGGAAGAUUUCCUGAGGAGGUUGCAAGCGGCCGAAAAGGGGGAAGAACCGGAGCAGGAAGAGGCUGCAGAUCUUCGCAAGAAGCAGGAAGUUCCUCUGGAAACGGUGCCGCUGCAAACGUGGGCUACGGGUGAGGUCCGUGGGGAGCCCAGUUCAUCUUCACGCAAGACUUACACAGGUUGCGGGCAGGCCGGCGUGGCAAGGAAGAAGAAGACCUUCCAGUGGGGCCGCUAUGGGGAAGUGAAGCUGCGAGCCCGGUUUCCCGGAAAAGCAAACGCAGUCCUCCCCUCCCGCUGGAAGCAGGCUGGGGGCGCCCAGGAGCAUCGCCGCUCGGAUAGGCUGAAGAGAGCCCAGUUGCCGAACCUGGCCGAGGCGGCUCCCUCACCACCACCACCUCCUCCAUCUCCUCCAUCUCCUCCUCCUCGGGAUGUCAAGCCGAAGCUCAAGAAGCCCUCCCCCCCUCCAGAUGCUGCCAGCAAGAGCCAGAUGAAGAUGUGCCCCGAAUGCGGCCGGAGCUUCAACGGCUUAGCGACCUUCAACCGCCACCACAUGCUGCACACCGGGGAGAAGCGCUAUGAGUGCUGCUUCUGCAGCAAGGGCUUCUGCUGGCGCUCGGAUCUGGUCCGGCAUGAGUGCCAGCACACCGGGAAGAAGCCCCACGAGUGCCCCUUCUGCGGGGAGGGCUUCGACCGCAAGUGGCAGCGAGAGAAGCACGAGCAGACCCACACCAAGAGCAAGGGGAAGCUGUGA